AUGGAUGACAUUAUUGAUUUAACUGAGCAGCAACUUAAUGCAGAAAACAUUUCACGUUCAGUUAUAUUGCCAAGCUGUGGAGCAGUAGCCAUGUUUAUUGGAACAACUCGAGAUAAUUUUGAUGGCAAAAAAGUUGUGAAGUUGGAAUAUGAAGCUUAUGAAACAAUGGCCAAAAAGAAAAUGAAAGAAAUUUGUCAGGAGAUACGAUCAAAAUGGAAGUUGGGACGAAUAGCUAUCAUUCACAGAUUAGGUGAAGUGCCCAUAACUGAAGCAAGUGUUGUGAUUGCCAUUUCAUCGCCUCAUAGAAAAGAAGCCUUGGAAGCAGUUAAUGAAGCCAUUUAUGCAUUAAAAGCAAAGGUUCCUAUUUGGAAAAAGGAAAUCUAUGAAAAUCAUGACUCUGCCUGGAAGCAAAAUCAGGAAUGUGCAUGGAGUAAUGGAUCAAAAGAAAAGGUGUUUAUCAAAACAUCUUGA